GGUUUGUUUAGCUGGAUAAGAAAUAUGGCGGCCGCCGGGGCAGGGAAGGUGGUAGGUGCGGCUGCCGGAGCUGUAGUAAAACCCAUCUUCAGUCGGGAUUUGGCUGAAGCCAAACGGCACGUGAGAGAAUUAUACAGAACUUGGUACCGAGAAAUCCCAAAUACUGUGCAUAUAUACCAGCUGGACAUCACAGUGAAACAGGGGCGUGAUAAGGUGCGAGAGAUGUUCAUGAGAAAUGCUCAUGUCACAGACCCCAGAGUUAUUGAUUUGCUUGUUAUUAAGGGAAAAAUGGAAUUCCAAGAAACAAUUAAUGUGUGGAAACAAAAGACCCAUAUGAUGAGAUAUUUUAAUGAGACAGAAACACCACAACCCACGGAUUUCCUAUCCAAGUUCUACACAGGCCAUGAUCCUUGAGCUAAAUCAACUUUUACAGAACAAUGACUCUUUCUGUUCCAAAUAAAUGCCUGUAUCUUAAAACUCUUCAGCAGGGAAGUA